CACCCUGCUAUCCAGCACUUGCAUUAUUUCAAGCCACUUGGUGUUUACUCCAGUACGAACAAACUUCCCUUGACUCUCUCUCUCUUGGCCGGAAUUCUUGUCUAACUCUGACUGACAGUGAAUGCAUCAUGGAAGAACACAUGGAGCGUGUGUUGGAUAUAAUGAACGCCCGUGCCUUGGGUCACGCAACGAACGAGCAAGUUGAACAAGUCGUCGCUGCCGUCUUGCAAAAUAGUGAUGCAAAUGGAACCCUUACAACCCCCGUACAGCCAUUACCGUUGCCGUUUGGAACCGAUCAAAUACAACAGCAGGAAAAGGAAGUGGACAAAUCAUUCCACGGUACUGCAGUGGAAAAAGUAGCAGUCCAACCGGUUUCGAUUGCAGCACCUGCUCGAGAAGAGGAGAACGCCAACGAACGCACACAUCACCCACCAACAUCAACGGGAGCACUUUUGGCCAUUGGAAGAGAAAAGGUCUCGAUUGAACUCGACGAAGAAGAAUAUGACAAUCUACCGGCAGAGGAACCGGAAUGCCUCGAGCCACCAAAACCGAAAAAGCGUGGACGGGGACGUCCACGAAAGCAACCAUCGACACCAGAAACCGGACUGGCAGCCAUCGACUGGGUUCGGUACCAAGAAAUUCCCCUCGGGAAACAGGGAGCGAAAAUGAUGACUACCUUCGGAGACGCUAAGCAUCCCGACCCCGAGACUGUUGCUGCCACCUUGCUAGGGGCACGCCGAAUGCUGCAAACUGCCAUGCAGGACGCUCGAGCCUUGCGACGUACCAACAAAGCAUUGUACACAUCCGCUCAAAACAGUCUGCGAGCCUACCGUCCAACAAAACCUACUCAACAGGAACACAUUUCCAGUGAAUUGCUUUUUCGGGCCAGCGAAGGCUACGACCAACUAUCGUACGAUCCCAAAUGCGGUUUUGACAUUGAAGAAUUGCGUCUGCUAUUUCCGGAAGAAAUGUCCGCCUACCAACGAUGGAACAAUAUGCACGAUGCUACCGCCACGGACGCUAAGAACGACGUCGACGAGUUUGCGUCUCGUACAGCAGAAUUAAGCCACAACGACGACAAUGACGAGGAAGAAGAGGUUCCCAAUCCACAAUUAGCCGGAGGACAUUUGCAAGAACGAGCGGCACAAUUCGAUUUGCGAACGACACAAAUGCCAGCUUCCUGGUACCUAAGAUUUGCCGAAGUUCGUCAGGGCAGCUUCCUGCCGCGCCGGAGCGGCAGGGAUGCGACCUGGGAGAAUGCGCGUAAGCAACGCAAGAGUAAAGGCGCCCCCAGGAGUGGUACCUGGGCGCACCUGAGCUCCGUCAGUGUUCGUUUCUUGCAUUGGCUGGGCUUUGACCCGCAGUCAGCCCUCCCGCCACCGAAUGAAGAUGCCACACAGGCAUUGGGAUUUUUGGGUUACGAUUUUUUUGGACGCAUCGUGGAGAAGGCUAUUUAUUUACGCAAUCUAGCUAGAAAUGAGGGCCACGGCGUCAAUAUUUUGCUGGAAUUGCCGGAUGGUGAGCACUUGGUGCCGCAUGACAUUGACAAGGCCAUGGAGGAUUCGGAUAUUAAACCGACACCCCUAUACAGUAGCAAAGAGGAAAAAAUCGGACCGCAGCUCUAUUUUGGACCAGGUUUCGAAAGUCGUUUGGAGUUGGAAAUAGAACAAUUGAUGGCGGGAGGAAAGCGCGAAAGAAAAUUGACUCCAGAGGAACUGCUGAUUCGUCAAGAGGAAGAUAAAUUGUUCGAAAAAUUGUCGGCCCCACCCUGUAACAAAGGAAUUGCUAGUCUUAUAGACGACAGAGAAGAAUUUGAGUCCGUUCCUGCGAAGAAGAGACGCAUUUAA